CUUCAGCAGGUUCAGCACCAUGGACAGGUCCUCGACGGAGGGAUGGGUGAUUCACAUCUGAAAUUAAGGGGAAAAGAAAAUAUAAAAUAUUAUAUCCAGGAGAGCAGACUCCUGUCAUCACCCCCCCCCUCCCCACACCCUCCCUCCCUCACUUCUGUCCACUCUGACGUCAGAGCAGCAGCAGCAUAAAGAGUCUCCGUCCUCCUCCGUCCAACACUCACCGCAACUUCAGAGACGCUCAGACCCAAACCAGCAGAGUCCAGCUGCAGCCUCAGAACCACAGGUGAGACUUUGUUAGUCUGAGGGGUGGGAGGAGGAAGAUUCUCACUGGAGGAGAAGAGAAGCCACGGAGAAACAAUGCUGAGGUUGAACUGUUGGGAUUUAAGGUAAAAGUCGAGGAAAGUGUUCAGUGACUGGAGCUGCAGCGCAGACAGAAGACGAACUCAUUCAAAGAUUCAUCUCCAGUGUAGUUGGAGGUUUUUGGUUUAACUCUCUGUCAGGAAACACAACGACAGGCUCUGUGUUGUUCUGGGGCUGCAUUUUAGUCUUACUGUAAUAUUGUUUUCACGGCUAACAACAAAUGUCUUCAUAAUGAAAUUGAAUAAUUUAAUAUUAUAUAUAUUUAAAAUUUAAAUUCUGUUCCGUUGUUGUUGAUGUUGGAUCAUGGAUGAUUUUCCUGGUUCUUCCUCAGGACAUGAAGCCCACACUCUCCCUGCUGUUGCUCGUCUCCUCCCUCCUCCUCUCCUCCAACCUCUGCCCGGCCGCUGGCAGACCUCACCUCCUCCCUCCCUGGCUGGAAGACAGCGGCCUCCCGCAGGGGCAGCGGCUGGAGGACGUCCUUCUGGGGGACACGCAGGUGGACGACGACGGCGCUGAAUCCAACCUCCUUAAGCUCCUCCUCCUCUUCCUCAUGAGGAGCCACCCGGAGCUUUUCCACCAGGAGGAGGAGAAGGGGAGCGACGACGCGGCGCUGAGGACGGCGGUGGCGGCGCAGCUGCUGAAACGCAGCGCGGGGCCGCCGUCGUUGUCCAUCGACCUGCCGCUGCACCUGCUGAGGAACAUGGUGGAGAUCGCCAAGGCGGAGAAACAGGCGCAGAUCAACAGAGAAAGGUUCGAGGAAGUCGGGAAGUGAACCUACAACCUGCUGCCUCGCUGAUGCAGACCUGUGACGUCAGUGUUUGUUUGUUUGUUUGUUCUGUUUCACGUGAUUCCACUUUUACGCACAGCUAAAGCCAAACUUUUCACACUCCAAACCAAACCGAACUUCCUCUACCACCCGGAAGUUACACAUGAAGUUCUGAGCGUGAAGAAUAAAAUUGAAUAAUAUUCUUGUUCUUCCUCCCUCUUCAGAAAAGAAUAAAUUUAAACAGAAAUACACCAAAAUGACGUCUUUAUUUUCCCACUCAGUGUCAGUGAACGCACCACGUAUCAAACUCUGAGCGUCUUUUUAUUAAAACUCACUUCAACACAGAACAAAACAAAGAGUCAACAUUUGUUUAGGGAAAUAUUAAAUAUUAAAUAAGAUACACGUCAAAGAUAUUUGACAUUAAAAGUACAGACUUUUUACAUUUCAAUAAAAAAAA